AUGGGAAAAGUUUGCAUCGUAAACAGUUGCCAAAGUGGGCGUAAGAGGAAAAAACAGAAAAAUGUUACGAAAUCCGUAUCUUUUUUCCAACCAACGACUCCGGCACGGUUAGAAAGUUGGAAAAAGUCGUUAGGAAUUGCAUUAAAAGCAAAUGAUUAUAUUUGCCAUCUUCAUUUUAAAGAAGAAAAUAUAAAUAUGUACGAAAAGUUAACUAUUAAAGGAGAGCUCAAAUAUAUUCCUACACAAAGAAAAACGCUUAAGGAAGAAGCUGUGCCCACGAUUGAGCAUCAGUUUAUUCCCAUUCCCGAACAUGAACUCCAAGCCAAUACUAUUCACAUAGAGGAAUCUUUCGAACCAUACCCCAAUCAACCUAAGGACGAGCAGCAACAACAAAUCAAUGCCGAGCAACAGGAAUUAUCAGAAGAUCAAAAUGAUUCUAAUAAUUUAAUGGAUUAUGAAAUGAUACAACAGGACUUUGCGGAACCAUUGUUUAGUCAAUAUCAGGAUACUAAUGUAAAAAUUAAUCCAAUAGAGAAUUUUAAAAGUAAGUUUCGGGCAUUUUCGUUGUUGCCGCCUUUUUGGCUACAUGCAGAAAAUCCUAAUGGGCUGGAAUUUAUGCGAAUGGAUCCAAAAACUCAGAAGAUUAAACAUCAUAUACGUUUAAACGAUGAUCUAACUGUCACUGUAAUUUUUCCCAAUAAUGAACAAUUGCCACUAAAGGAGAAAAUUAAUUCAUAUGACAACACCUACGAUUACUUAAAAUCGGUUGAAAGAUGGCCUUUGUGCGUUGGUACUCAGAUUGACGACAAUAAGUAAGUUUUGGUAGAUUGUUA